AGCUCUAGCGCUGAGCCUGUGACGUCAACCUCUGCGGAGGCCACGCCCCCCGAGAGAGAGUCCCCGGGCAGCCCCGCCCCCUCUCUCCCACGUGACGUCACCGAGGAAGAGGAGGAGGAGGAGGAGGAGGAGGAGGAAGGCGGCCUGGCCGGCUCUGAGGUGGUGACGCACCUAUGAGUGUGGCGGUCAUGUCGCACGAGAAGAGCUUCCUGGUGUCGGGGGAACCCUACCCGGGGCAGCAGCCCCCCGCCCCGCCGGGAUACGCCCAGCCCCCCUACCCACCGCCGGCCCCCUACCCACAGCCGGCCCCCUACCCGCAGCCUGCCGUCUAUGGCCAGCCAGGAUAUCCGCAGGGGCCCUAUCCUCCGCAGGCGGGCUACCCUCAGCAGGGACCCUACCCUCAACAGGGGCCAUACCCCCAACCGGGGCCCUAUCCACAGGGGCCGUACCCGCAGGGGCCCUAUCCGCAGGGACCCUACCCUCAGCAGCACCCCGGGGUCCCCAUGGACCAGGACUAUGGAGCGAGGCACCCCGUCUAUGUGGUGCGGAAACCGGGCAACACGGCCACGCGGAUCGCCCCGAUGCACAGCAACUACCAUGAGGACGGGCCGCCCUCCUACUACGACAACCAGGACUUCCCUCCCACGAAUUGGGACGACAAGAGCAUCCGCCAGGCUUUCAUCCGCAAGGUGUUCCUGGUGCUGACCGUCCAGCUCUCGGUCACCUUUGCCUUCGUGGCCAUCUUCACCUUCGUGAAGGGCGUGAAGGGCUUUGUGCGGAGGAACGUCUGGACGUACUAUCUCUCCUACGCCAUCUUCUUCAUCUCCCUCAUCGUGCUCAGCUGCUGCGGGGAGUUCCGGCGCAAGCACCCCUGGAACCUGGUGGCCCUGUCCAUCCUGACGCUGAGCCUCUCCUACAUGGUGGGCAUGAUCGCCAGCUUCUACGACACGGAGGCCGUCAUCAUGGCCGUGGGCAUCACCACCGUCGUCUGCUUCACGGUCGUCAUCUUCUCCCUGCAGACCAAGUACGACUUCACUUCCUGCCGGGGGGUGCUGAUCGUCUGCCUGAUGGUCCUCUUCGUCUUCGCCAUCCUCUGCAUCUUCAUCCGGAACCGCAUCAUGCAGAUCGUCUACGCCUCGCUGGGGGCCCUCCUCUUCACCUGCUUCCUGGCGGUGGACACCCAGAUGAUCCUGGGCAACAAGCAGCUGGCCAUCAGCCCCGAGGAGUACGUCUUUGCCGCCCUCAACCUCUACACAGACAUUAUCAACAUCUUCCUCUACAUCCUGGCCAUCAUUGGCCGGGCCAAGGAUUAGGAGGUGUUGAGGGGAGGGGUCCUCUCUCAAAACAGCGGCAGCGGCAGCGUCACCCUCGGACCCUCCCCCAGUUUCUUUGUGGUCAUCGUGCUCCCCUUCCCCUUUUGACCCCUCAACCCAGGAUUUAUACUCAUCCUGCCCCCCCCUUUGGUUUUUGUCUGUGUGUGAAUGACGGGGAUGAGUGUGCACACGCGUGUGUGUGUGCCUAUGUUUGUACGUGUUGUUCCUGCCCACAGCUGGGCCUCUAGGUCUCUCUGCCCCCUCCCCUUUAUAAGCCGGUGCUUUUCUCAGGAAAAGAAAGAAGAAGAGUUAUUGGCGGGGGGGUCAAUCUUUGAGAAGCAAAAGGGCUUCUUUGGUGAGUCAGGGAAAUGGGAAGCAGGGAGGGAGGGAGUGAAGAUUUGGGGUGGGGGGCUGUAUAUAGGCUGUGCUUGUCUGUCUCUUCCUCCCUACCUCUCUCUUUUGUAUUUUGACCUGGAGGUGUCCAGUUUUGUUCUGAGGGACCCCUCCUUGUCCCAGGCAUGCCACCCGACCCCCCCCCCCCUUAUACACCAUACAUCGUCACCAGCCCCCCCCCCCCCCCCCCACUUCCGCCUCCUUCCCCAACACGAGACCAUGGCUUUGGGGAAGGAGGAGCUCUGUUUAUGUGCUAUCUACCCCAAGCCCCUCAAUAUCUCCCCAUUUCUGGACUUUUCUAUCCCUGUCACUGGGGGGGGGGGGGCUCUGCCUGAGAGUGUUCAGGGCUUGCGUACCCCCCUCCCGCUUUCCAAAUGAGUGGGGCCUCCCUCUUUGGGGGAGAGGGGCAGGAUGGGCAGAGCGGACCCUCCGUUGCUCUCUUUGCUGCAACCUUUUAUACCGAGAUGUGAAGAGAUUUCCAGACCCCUGAUGUCAUCCAGAGAGGGGUGGGCAGGGGGUGUAGGCCCUGCGCCCCUCCUCCCCUCCCCUUGACCCCCCCCCCCCCUUGACCCCAGACCCCCGACCCUUGUGGCUGGCUUUAGGGGGCCCUGCACUACUGCAUGCUGAGCAGCCACGACCAACUGACCGACGACCGACCGACCAUGCCCCCGGGCGACCUUUGCACUAAAGCUGUAUUACUAGGAUGUCCUAAUAAAAAGUGAGAAUGUACCAGA